AUGGAUGAUCAAGUAGAACACCUUACAAGUCUGGGAGUAAGCGCGGUUAAUAUAAGCUCGUGCAUGGAAGAAGAUUGCGAUGGUGUCGAAGCUGGUGAAUAUUCUAUCGUUUAUGGCACGCCAGAAGCGUGGAUACUGAACCCUCGAUGGAGAAAUAUGCUUAAUAGUAAAGUUUACUCGACAAGAUUAUGUGCUCUAGCAGUCGACGAGGCCCAUGUUAUCAGACAGUGGUGAGUUUAGUUAAAAUUUAUAAUUUUAAACGAUAUAUUAAAAGCUAACUAAUUUUAGCGAUUCAUAGUGAAAAUCAGAAAAUGUUCUAAAAUAUGGUAAAUACAUGUUUGAUUCGGUUUAGUAUAAUAAUUUUAUGUUUGAUUAUGUAAUUUAUAUAAUAUAUUAUUUAUAUACGACUCAAAUAUGACAAUGAAUUUGAAUUUCCCUGCCUUGUUGUAAAAACAUACAAUUUAAAUACCGUAUAUUAUAAGUACAGCAGUCAAUUAUUAAACCUUGUGGACGUCAUUUACUACAUAUGCAGUGGGCAUAAUUUAAUACUACAUUGCAUACAUAGACAACAUACUAAAUGAAUGUUCCCUAUGCCUAAAUGACAGUUUCCAAACAAUGUGUUAAUCCUUAACACUUCAGGUAGGUGUUGGGAUCAAUAUUUAUAUCAUCAAUUUAUGGUAGUUGAACUAUUAAUAACCUUAAUAAGUAAUGUAUUGAUGCAUGACUAGAAAUAGAAGUGGUUUAAUUUUUUUUUAUACUUUCCCUUCCCAGGGGGAUAUCACAAGAUAACAAAAAGGCUGCAUUCCGUGAAACAUACAGCAAGUUAUAUGAACUCAGGUCAUUAGCACCAAAUGUUCCAGUGAUUGCCCUUACAGCUACAGCAACACAUCUGACUAAAGAAUGCAUAUUGAGUAUUCUGUGCAUGGAUGACUGUUUUAAAAUUGAAGAGAGUCCAAAUAAGCUGAAUGUAUCAUAUGCUGUGGAGUGUAUGCACAAGGACACAGAGUUGGAGUUUUAUUUUACUUGGCUAGCUGAUGAGUUAAAGUCUAAAGAAAAGCAAUGUGAAAGGACUAUUAUAUACUGCCAAACAAUCAAGCAAUGUUCUAUUAUAUAUGCCACCCUUAAGGAAAUUUUGGGGAACUAUAUGUUUGCCAGAGAAGACAAGAAUGUUCUUAUGGAAAUGCUUCACUUCUGCACCCCGGAGGAUAACAAAAAAUGUAUCCUUGAAUCUUUUCAAAAUGAAAAUGGAACAAUUCGAAUUUUAGUUGCAACUAUUGCUUUCGGCAUGGGUGUUGACUGUAAGGCAGUACAUCGUGUCAUACAUUAUGGACCAUAA